AUGGCGUCGCCGCCCCCCGUCGAAGACCAGGCCCGGCUGCUCGAAGAUGCCCUCGCCGUGGUGCGCCAGCAGACGAUGCUCAUGCGGCGCUGUCUCGAGACGCCGGGCAAGCUGAUGGAUGCGCUCAAGUGCAGCUCGACGCUCGUUUCGGAACUGCGCACCAGCAGCCUGGGCCCCAAGCAGUACUACGAGCUGUACAUGGCCGUCUUCGAUGCCCUCCGCCACCUGGCCGUCUACCUGCGCGAGAACCACCCCGUGAACCACCUGGCCGACCUGUACGAGCUGGUCCAGUAUGCCGGCAACAUCAUCCCCCGCCUCUACCUCAUGGUCACCGUCGGCACCGUCUACAUGGCCAUUGAGGAUGCGCCCGUCAAGGAGAUCAUGAAGGACAUGAUGGAGAUGAGUCGCGGCGUCCAGCACCCCAUCCGCGGCCUGUUCCUGCGCUACUAUCUCGCCGGCCAGGCCCGCGACCACCUGCCCUCGGGCGACAGCGACGGCCCCGAGGGCAAUCUGCAGGACUCCAUCAGCUUCAUCCUCACCAACUUUGUCGAGAUGAACAAGCUGUGGGUGCGCCUGCAGCACCAGGGCCAUUCGCGCGAGCGCGAGCAGCGCACCAAGGAGCGCCAGGAGCUGCAGCUGCUCGUCGGCAGCAACCUGGUCCGCCUGAGCCAGCUGGUCGACCUGGACAACUACAAGAAGAUCCUGAACCCGCUGCUCGAGCAGAUUGUGCAGUGCCGCGAUGUCCUGGCCCAGGAGUAUCUGCUCGAAGUCGUCACACAGGUCUUCCCCGACGAGUUCCACCUGCACACCCUCGACCAAUUCCUCUCUGCUGUCGCACGGCUAAACCCGCAUGUCAACAUCAAAGCCAUUGUCGUCGGCCUCAUGGACCGCCUGUCGUCGUAUGCGCAAAGAGAGGCCGAGUCAGAAAGCCCAGAACAGCGCCAAAAGACCGAGGAAGAGUCGAUAGCACAUCUCAUGGAGCAGAUGCGGAUAGCAAAAGAGAAGAAGGCCGCCGAACCGGAGUCUGCGCCAGCCGGGCAGAACGGCGACUCUUCAGAAGGCAUAGAAGCGGAGCCGUCUGCGGAAGAUGGAGCACAAGAUUCGUCAACUCCAGCAGAGGCUCCAGCAGAGAACUCGACAGCCGAGGCGGAUGGCGACACUGAAAAGAAACGGGGCAUACCGAACAAUGUCAAGCUUUUCGAAAUAUUCAACGAGCAGGUGCAGACGCUGGUCAAGAUGCAGCGGUUGCCAAUACAAGACACCAUUGGACUGCUAGUGUCGCUGGCAAACCUCGCAUUGAACAUUUACCCUGAACGCCUCGACUAUAUUGACCAAGUCCUCACAUUUGCAAACCAAAAAGUGGCCGAAUACCAGAACAGCGCAGAUCUCCACUCGCAAGCUACCCAGAGCCAGAUUCUCAGUCUCCUUCUCUCGCCAAUCAAGACCUACAUCUCUCUCUUCACCGCACUCGCAUUACCAAACUUCAUCCCUCUGCUGCAUUCACAACCGUACCCGACCCGAAGAGCUGUGGCUGGUGAGGUCGCAAGAAGUCUGAUGCGAAACCAAACUUCGAUUGCGACAGUGGAGAAUCUCGAAAGCGUGUUAGAGAUCUUGAAGGUCCUAAUUAGAGAAGGCAUACAACAAGCGCAAGGAUACCCAGGUGGACCGAUCCAAAGAAGGGCCCAAGAAACAGAGGAGACAAUAGAAGAGCAGGGCUGGCUCGCGCGGAUAGUACACCUCAUCCACGGCAAAGACAACGACACACAGUUCAAGCUCCUGCAGACUGCGCGAAAGGCCUUUGCCGACGGCAACGAGCGUGUCAAGUACACAUCCCCAGCCAUCAUUACAGCAUCGCUCAAGCUUGCGAGACAGUACAAGAAGCGCGAGCAUUUCGAAGACAACUGGCAAUCGCAGUCCUCGGCUCUCUACAAGUUCAUGCACAACACCCUAUCGACGCUGUACACUCGUGUCACAGGCUCCGCAGAUCUCUCCCUCCGUUUGUUCGUUGCCUGUGGCCAGGUCGCAGACCAGAGCGGCUUCGAAGAGGUCGCAUACGAAUUUUUUGCCCAAGCCUUCACAAUCUACGAAGAAGCGAUUAGCGAUUCAAGAGCACAGUUCCAGGCUGUAUGCGUCAUUGCAAGCGGCUUGCACACUACGCGAAAUUUUGGAAAGGAGAAUUACGACACCCUAAUCACCAAGUGCGCAUUACAUGGCAGCAAGUUGCUGAAGAAGCCAGACCAGUGCCGUGCAGUGUACCUUGCAAGUCAUCUAUGGUGGGCGACUGAGAUUCGCGCGCUUGGCGAAGAGGACCCUAAGGAUCUCUACCGCGACGGGAAGCGCGUACUCGAGUGUCUGCAACGAGCACUCCGUGUCGCCGACGCCUGCAUGGACGCCGCCGUGUCGGUCGAACUAUUCGUCGAGAUACUGAACCGAUACGUAUACUACUUUGACCAAGAGAACGAGGCCGUCACCACCAAAUACCUCAACGGACUGAUUGAACUCAUCCACUCAAAUCUUCAGUCCAACGAAAACGCCUCGUCUCUGGAAAACCCACGCAAGCACUUCGAGCGUACACUGGAUUACAUAGCGAGUCGAGAGUAUGAGGGCGUAGUCACAACACCAAAGUAG